AUGGAUAACCUGUCGUCGGGCCCGUUGUUUGCAAGGGAGCUGAUGCAAAUGCCGCGUCCAUUGUUGCCCACUAACGACUGGACCAAGCCUGGUCAUUACUGGCCCCCACGAGCUCAUGUCAAUCCGCGCCGAAGGCAGCGCACGGAUCUAAUUUUAGGCAUGCACAUCCGUCACCGCGCGAGACGUACUCCCACAGAACGGCCCGCGAGGUCCGUCCCAAAAACGGCACCAGGCUACCUCGCUUUCGUUGAACAAGCCGAUUCCCCGGUCGUCCGCCGAUCGGGCGGACAGCAAAUAACGAAAUCUGCCGAUACUAUCCUGACCAUUGUUGCAUUCCGCGUUUUUGACUCGCUCGGAUUCCCGACAUCGCGCGCGCUCCCCGCUCGCUGCGUUUGGAGUUGCGCUUUUUGUGCGCAUUUGGCUUACAACGGCUGCCCGAGUGGAGUCGCGCACUGCUGCAUUAAGUCGAAGUGUAAAAGUUUG